GACCGAUAGAAUGGGAGUUUGAAUCCCCGUUCUCUCUAGUUCGCCUAGUUUAAGAAGAGUUUCGGUUAGGAGCAUGGGAUUCAGGAAUGAGUAUCGAAAUAAGUGACACCCGUAUAGUUGGGGGAGUGGAGCAGAAUUGAGCCAACAUAUUUCAGAAACGGAAAAAAAAUGAAGAACGAAGCUCAUCCCAAUUCCAGAGCCAAACAUGCAGAGGAAGGGGAGGACUUAUUAUGAUUACCUUGGCGAAUGGCGAUUGGAUUCCCGAAUGAACCAAACGGCCUGUAUUCUACAGUGUUGGUUCUGGACAAGCCGCGUUUUAUUCUUGAAACUGUGACUGGGAUCCCGGGUUCACAUCACUCAUACUUUUGAUCUCUCUGGGAUUUCCUUGUGACUUUUAAGUUCUGGUGCUUAUUUGCCACAAGCAGAGACUGCCGCUACAAGCUGUUUUUGGCAAUUAUCCCAGCCAAUUCAAUUUUUGAUGUGUAAGAUGGGAAAUUCUGGACGCAGUUUGAUUGUCAGAAGGCCAAAUGAAACCAUGAUAAUUCUAGUUGCCGUAUUUGUUGGAUCGGUUUUUGGGUUCUUAAUUGGAGUCUCACUCCCAAAACUUUCAUUUACCAAGCUAAAUAUCACAUCCAGCCUUAUUUGCGAAUUUUCAGAUGUUGGGAACAAAAUUAGAAGUAAUUCUAGCCAAAUCUGUGGAGAUGCUUUGUCUCCCCUCAUUGAGAGUGAAAACAAUUCACGUAGAAGUCAAAACAUGAGUGAUCUACAAAAGAUGUGGGUCCCCUCAAAUCCAAAAGGUGCAGAAACAUUACCUCCAGGCAUUCUCGCCAUUGAGUCAGACUUCUUUCCUCGUAGGUUAUCCGGCAAACCUAGUGAAGACCUAACCCACAUACCGAAAUAUCUGGUGAGCUUCACUGUCGGCUAUGAUCAGAAGAAUAAUAUUGAUGCAGCUGUGAAAAAGUUUUCAGAUAACUUUACUGUACUUCUGUUCCAUUAUGAUGGCAAAACAAGUGAAUGGGAUGAGUUUGAGUGGUCUAAGCGGGCUAUCCAUGUCAGUGUUCCUAAACAGACAAAAUGGUGGUAUGCCAAAAGAUUUUUGCACCCCAGUAUUGUUGCACCCUAUGAAUACAUAUUUAUAUGGGAUGAGGACCUUGGAGUUGAACAUUUCAAUGCCGAAGAAUAUAUAAAACUUGUUAAGAAGCAUGGAUUGGAAAUUUCGCAGCCCGCUUUGGAGCCUACUGGAGUUUUAACUUGGCAGCUGACAAAGAGAAGAGAAGAUCGCGAAGUGCACAAAGAAACAACGGAGAGACCGGGAUGGUGCUCUGAUCCCCAUCUCCCUCCGUGUGCAGCAUUUGUGGAAAUCAUGGCUCCCGUCUUUACUCGAGACGCAUGGCGCUGCGUGUGGCAUAUGAUUCAGAAUGACCUGGUCCAUGGUUGGGGCAUUGAUUUUGGGGUCCAAAAAUGUGUCGAGCCUGCUCAUGAGAAAAUUGGAAUUGUUGAUGCUCAGUGGAUUGUUCACCAAUCCGUUCCUUCACUAGGGAACCAGGGUGAGUCUGAGAAUGGCCAAGCUGCUUGGAGAGGGGUACGAGAGAGGUGUCAAAGAGAAUGGUCCAUGUUCUCGAGAAGGAUGGAGAAUGCGGAGAAAGCAUACUACAAGGAUAAAGGAAUUGAUCCUUCCAAUUUCACAAAAUCUCGGCACUAAAGCAACAAGUCAAACAACUGAAUUCAUUAACACUCUACUUCUUCUUGUAUUGCUAUGCCUUAUUCGCCAACUGUCAUUGAUGCUACUAUACCAUUCGCUGGGUACUGAAAUCAAGAACUUUCUGCAAUUAAUUUUAAGGUCCUGGCACUGAAAGUGCCAUAUGUAAGCAUAUUAUUAGAAGAGCAAAAGGGUCCAGGAUACGUGGUGGUCUCCUCUGACUUCCACUUCCUGAGUUCCUGAUUCCAACUGCAAGCAAAAGAGCACCGAGUCUCGAUCGGUACAUAGAUAUAACUCGUCCGAAGGUGGGAUUCUUGAAUGCCAUCGACUACUAGUUAAUUAAUGUUGUACGGUGCUGAACAAAUUGCUUGCUUUCUUUGCCUUCAACAAUCUCUGCUGCCAUCUUUGAAUUUGAUUUUCCGUUUCAAC